AAAAAAAAAAAGUCUUUUUUAUUCAACUUUGAUCAUGUCGCGUUCUUGCAAUAUUGGCUUAUUAGCAACUGAAGAAGUUACAGAUAUAAGUAGAUUUAUUGAGUUUGCAGACACAACCACACAUGACUUUGUUGUUGCUCCAAUCACCAAACCCUCAUUUCGACGUGUAUUGAAUCAAGAUAGGACACUGAGCCAAGAAGAGCAUGAGGCAUGGAAAGAUCAACCCGUGUUUGAUCGUCAAGAUUUACUUUUGAAUUCUCCAGAGUGGUCUGGUAAGGUCUUAGGCCUCUUUUCAGACUGGAUUGACCUUGAUUCACCUAGUGACGACAUUCGAACAUGUUCAGAAAUUGCCUUUAAACAAGAAGCCGAUUGGGCCACACAUAUUGGCUUAACGGGCACUAUCUUUCCUACACUUGGUGAACAAGUACACAGCACGGCUCGUGUACUCAAUACGGUAUCGAGAACCAUGACACCUCAGCUAUGCGUCCGGGUAUUGUUGACCGAAAAGAACAAGGAAGAAAAUGUAGGAUGGAAACGAUGGAACCGAUUGCGUCUGCUGACAGGCCACAACACCAGAAUAGGCGUAGCGCUCGAAGUGACAGCCGAGUUACCUUCUUCAGAAGCACUUCUCAACAUGUGGUUAGCAGAACCUGUCCGAGCCUUGAUCGUUCCUGCACAUGUCUUUGUGCCCAACCAAAAGGGAUUCCCUGUCUUGUCAAAGCGACAUCAGAACUUUAUCAAGAUGAUGAUGGACAAGAUGAGACCAGAUAUCAUUGUCACGGUGCCCAAGGACCCUAUUCAUCCUGCAGCCUCGCCUGCUUCCUAUAACCAAUACAUGCAUUAUUUGAACAGAAACUUACCGGAACCAAAUGAAGUAGAAAAGUUUGCGUCUGGGUAUUUUGAUUAUCUUCAGAUCCCUUUGCAGCCAUUAGCUGAUAACCUCGAAAAUCAUACGUAUGAGACUUUUGAAAGGGAUCCUAUCAAGUAUCAACAAUAUGAAAGAGCUGUCUAUCAAGCAUUGUUAGAACGUGUUGAGUAUCAAUCGGAUGUUGUUACAACUAUUAUGGUUGUGGGCGCUGGAAGAGGGCCUUUAGUCAAUUGCUGUCUCCGCGCUGCAGAAAAGUCAUUACGCAAAAUUCACCUUAUUGCGCUUGAAAAGAACCCGAAUGCUUAUGUGACGUUACAAAACAUGAAGGCACAAGUAUGGGGAGAUAAAGUUGAUUUGGUAUUUGCAGAUAUGAGAACAUGGAAUCCAGAAACAAAGUGUGAUAUAUUGGUGAGUGAACUGUUGGGUUCUUUUGGUGAUAAUGAGUUGUCACCUGAAUGCUUGGAUGGAGCUCAAAAGUUUCUCAAAGAGGGUGGUAUUUCUAUUCCUUCUUCAUACACAACAUCUAUUGCACCCUUAGCAUCUACGCGGAUACGUAACAGCGUUGCUGCCUACAAUGAUCUCAAAAACUUUGAGACUCCCUAUGUUGUCAUGUUCCAGCAGGCGUAUAGAUUAGCUGAGCCGGAGGAUUUAUGGACCUUUUAUCAUCCUAAUAAGAACAUACCAACCGUGCCUAUAAACAACUUACACAACAAACGAGACAGCUACGCUCAAUUUGUUGUCGACCACGAUGCGGUGAUGCAUGGACUGGCCGGUUACUUUGACUGUGUACUCUACAAGGAUGUAACAAUCUCGAUUCACCCCGAAACGCAUUCGCCUGGCAUGUUUAGCUGGUUCCCCAUCUUUUUUCCUGUGGCUCAGCCUGUCGAGAUCACCAAGGACUCGAUUGUAACAGUUCAUUUCUGGAGAUUGACAGACAGUGAAAAAGUUUGGUACGAAUGGUCAGUGGUUGUUCAAGAUAAAGAUAAACAGGAAAUAUAUGUAUCACCUAUUCAUAAUCCGGGAGGAAGAUCGUACUAUGUAUCUUUAUAGAGAAAAAUAUGUUACAGAUAUAGCUUGCAAAAAAUAUAAAGAAUUAAAAAUAAAAGUGCACAUGCAUAAGUAAAAUUUACAGUAUUUGCAAGAGGCCUUGUCGUCACCUUGUUGGGUACAAAUCUAGGUCUAUAUUCUAAAGGAAUCCAAGCGUCCAGCUAGAAAGAAGAAAAAUUAGUGCAGCUUAAAAAAGUUGAGCAGCACAUACCAUUUCAUUCAACUGUUUAUCCC